GAGAGAGAGAGAGAGAGAGUCUGUCCGCGACAGACGAGCUGAGCGACAGAGACGCAGAGAUAGAGAGAUAGCAGGCAAAACAGAGCGAGAACUCCCCGCAAGUAACUAGUCCUCCAGUCCGCACACCAGCUUUCAGGAAAAAAGAAAUCAGCGCGCGCACACUCAACCGCACAUACACACCCAGUCACUGGCACACACACACACACACACACCCUCUCUGACACACGGAGGUGUAACCGUCUUAUCGAAGGCUUUGUUGAGCAGAAUAUAGAGGACAGCGGCUUCGGACGCAAACCUAAUCACAAUGGAGGAGAACAUGGAUGAAGGACAGAGCCAGAAAGGGUGCCUUGAGUGCUGCAUCAAAUGCCUGGGUGGCAUCCCCUACGCCUCGCUCAUCGCCACCAUCCUGCUGUAUGCUGGGGUGGCUCUAUUCUGUGGAUGUGGACAUGAGGCGCUCACGGGCACGGUUACCAUCCUCGAGAACUACUUUGAGGUGGUGAAAGGACCUGUGGAAUCUUUGGAUGUGUUCACCAUGAUUGACAUCUUCAAGUACGUGAUCUACGGCGUGGCGGCGGCCUUCUUUGUCUACGGCAUCCUGCUGAUGGUGGAGGGCUUCUUCACCACCGGGGCCAUCCGCGACCUGUACGGAGACUUCAAGAUCACCACCUGUGGACGCUGCGUCAGCGCUUGGUUCAUCAUGCUGACCUACCUCUUCAUGCUGGCUUGGCUGGGAGUGACGGCUUUCACCUCCCUGCCCGUCUUCAUGUACUUCAACAUCUGGACCAUCUGUCAGAACUACACCAUGAUCCCAGAGUCAGACAAACUGUGUCUGGACCUGCGCCAAUAUGGCCUUGUGACUCUGACUGAUGAGAAGAAGGUGUGCACAAACGCAAAAACGUUUGGGGAAUUGUGUGACUCCAAUGAGCUGGACAUGACAUUCCACCUAUUUAUCUGCGCCCUGGCUGGGGCUGGAGCUGCCGUCAUCGCCAUGGUCCACUACCUAAUGGUGCUGGGUGCUAACUGGGCGUAUGUCAAGGAUGCCUGCCGGAUGCAGAAAUACGAGGACAUCAAGUCCAAGGAGGAGCAGGAGCUGCACGACAUCCAUUCGACUCGCUCAAAAGAACGGCUGAACGCCUACACAUAAAGCACACGUCCCCGACGACACAGACACAAGACACGCACACCGACACACUGACACUGACACACACACAAACACGCAUGCCCCCCCUUUCCUACACACUUGGACACACACAGACACACAUAAACAUCUGCACUUGCUCUAGUCUCUGAUGUUAUUGUUUGCCAGGGUGAAUAGGGGAUGUGGGUGUGGGUGGGUCGGGUGAAUGUCCUUCACUUACUUACGUGCUUAGGGGUGGGAACAGAGAAUGUUGGUGUCGGGGGGCGCGUCCAGUGCCUCCUCCACGACAACCUGUCUGACUACUCCUCCACUUAUAUCUGGGAUUUGAAAAUUUGCAUUUUUUUCUAUUACUUCUAUGUCUUAUAUCAAGUCCUCUUGUGGUUCUUCUUCCAAUCUCUUUUUUCUCUACCUCCCAUCCAUUUUGGUUCUGCUCAGAGACAGUACACCUAUUCCUGAAAGCACACAAAGUGAGUGGCUCACUGUCAUUUAUUCAUCGCUUAUAUCUCUACACACAUCUGAAAUCCAUGAAGUUUUGUUGACACUUAACCGAAGGCUUGCUUCAAGCUGAAAAAAAGAUCAUGUGACUCCACCUUUUUUUUUUUCUUUUUUUUUUGAGACUGACUUUGAGGCUCCCCAAACUCAUUUGGAAUGGGGCUCACCACCUAGAUCCAUUCUCACCUCUUCCUUUCCUUUUUGUUUCUUUGUGAUUUUACGAGACCAAAAUGUGACCAAACUUGUAUUAUUUACAGGUAGAAUUGCAUAAUAUGCUUCCGAAAGGUAAGCACCAACAGUAUACACAAUGUACAGAUUCCUUUCCAGCAAAUUCUUUAUUGGUUGGGAGUGCCAGGGAUUCAAACCAAGUACCGUGAAGUGACUUUUUCAUAUUGCUAUACUGUAGCUUGGCCUAACUGUCAGAAGUAUAUGCUAGCUGUACGUACUAACUAAUACUUUGAUGCUUUGUCAAUGGGGCACCUAAGUCACGCCCUCUACUUCCUGGUUCAUGGGGCAGAGGCAGUCAAAAAAUAAUUACUGGGCUUGAAAAUGAGUGUUUUUUUUACACCAAUCCAAACCGUGGACCUCCACCUAUACACCACAAAUCCACAAAUCACUAAUUUUCAAGCCCAGUAAUCAUUUUUUCACUCCCUCUGCCCCAUGAACCAGGAAGUAGAGGGUGUGACUUAGGUGCCCCAUAACAGUUGCUUGUUAGACUGUAAAGUGGAUGAUUGCCCUUUGGACAAGUCAGCCUGAGCGUGGUGCACUGGUGCUGGAAGAGAAGAGAAGUCAGAUGGAGGAGCGGGGAACUGUGAUGCGCUAGAGAGCCGAGUAGACUGGCCUUAUAGGAAGGAUUUGCCUUGGAUAGACUCUGUAGAUGAUUGUUUUGUUUUUUUUUUCUUUUCUAUUUCAUCCAUUGCAAGCCAUACUCACACGCAAAUAACAUUUGGAUUAAGGAUUUCUUUUUAAAUUAUGUUUUAUCUGAACUUUUUAACAUUAGAAAAAAAUAACCAGACAUGUACUAGUCACUGUUCUUCACUGUAUAUAUACAUAUAUAUAUAGAUAUAUAUAAAUAUAUAUACAAAUAUGUCAAACACUUCAGGUCAUUACAUAGGAGCUUAACACAUGUUCCAGUGGUCAAAGUUAAGUGGUAAUCUCGUGGUUAUGUCCAUUCAGAGGUAUAAGCUAAUCAACACUAAACCAAGUGGCAAGCUGACAAAUUUACCAUCCGGUCUUUCUGGUGCUUUGGAGAGGAGAACUUAACAUCACAGAAUCCAUCUAACGUUACUUAAAUACUGUGAAGGUAACAUAGUUUUACCAAACGGUUACCAAACACAGCUGGAAAAGGUGUAGAGUAAAAUGAGAAUACAGAAGAGUAGAUGUUGUUCAUGAUGAUGGACCAAACAUCAUGUUUUGGCUCUGUUUUGCCGAUUCCACUCUGCUGCUCCAGGUUUGUAAGACAGCAUCUCAUGAUACCUUUGCCUGACUGCUCUGUCAGUGUAAGUUAAAAAAACGUUAAAGACAAGAAAAAAGCUAGUUCCUCGUGCACUUAUUGUGAGCUCUUUCUUGGUGUAAGUGCAUUUGGGUUCAUAACUAAACACUAGUCCUAGUUAUGCAGCAUUUGGUUUAUGAACUGAUAAAAAAAAUGUAUUAGGUGAGAGACUGUGUAUCUAGUUGUUAUUUGUGGCAUGGUUAAGCAUAUAAUGGUAAUUGUUUAAUCCAAUUCAAAAAGAAAUUUCCUUCUCUCUCUCAGUUUGAAUUUUUACACUUUGUCUUGCUGGGUCAAUUGUUUUAUUAUAUGUGCAGUAUAACGGCUCCUUCGAUAACAGUAUUAAAAAGCUAUAUAUAUAUAUACUAGGUUGUAGUGUUUAUUUGUGUCCUUAUUUAGGUUGUAAUGAUUUUCAAACCAUGUCUUAAACUGAUACUUGUUAUGACGUUGCGCAUUCAGUAUUGAUAACCAGACAAUGCUUUCAGCUUCCUCCUCGUAUAAGUCUUUUGUACUUUCACUAAGAAUGCUCUGUAGUGGGCCGUAAAAUGACUCUGUUUUGUACAUACAUGUGCCAACAGCUUGACAGUGGCUUUUUUUGAACAGUAGGAACAAAAAUUGCUUGCAUAAAUAAAUUCACUUGUGUACUUGUUAAUAAUUA